CGACCGCGUGUCACCGGUUAGGAGAGUGAGGAGCAGGGCAAAAAGGAGGGUGUCCACUGGGAAGGAGAGGAAGAAGUGAACCCCGCUACCCAAGCCAAAGGUGGUUACUGGACAUCCAGUUCAGACAUCCUAAAGGCAGUUGGAGAUCAACAGAGGAGUCGGGGCAAGGAAGGGAGAUCUGAGAAUCAUCAGGAUAGAGGCGGGGAAGAGAGAGAGAAAAGAAAUACCUGUUAUUGGAUCCCGUCAUCUUUCCCUACCAGGGCUGGUGGCCUGCACUGUAGGGUCCUCAAUUUAGAUGGAGGUCUUCAAUCUGUGGAGGGAUUAUCUAGGACUUGCCAGUGUGGUGUGUGCUCUCAAGCAGAAGAAGCUGGAGCCCCAGCAGGUAGAGCCAGAGCCAAGCCCAGCCCCCAGCCCCAGCGUAAGGCAGGAAGGCUGGCGCCAUAAGAAUGUCCUCUGCUCUUUUUGCAAGCACAAUGGGGAGUCUCGAAACAUCUACAUGUCCCACAUGCUGAAGGAUGAGAAAGGCCGGGUGGUAUGCCCCAUCCUGAGAAAAUAUGUGUGCCCACAGUGCAGAGCCACCCAAGACAAUGCCCACACUGUGCGCUUCUGCCCACUCACCAGCAAGGACUACAUGUCUGUGUACAGCUACAGAGCCCGCAAUUCAACUGGUAGACGGGGCUCAGCUAAGCAGUCAUCAGAGGAGUCGAGCACGGCCAAGGCCAGGAACCAGAAGCAUUCAGCAGCACCUGAAGGAAAAACUCGCAGCCGGCCUCAUGAUGAAAGGAAGAUAGCAGCACCACACUCUCCAAAGCCCAAACACUAAAGCAUAUCUUCUAGGAGGUACCAAGGGACAUGCCCAUAACUUCCGUGGGAAGAAGACUGACUACUUUUCUUACUCUACAGCCAUGAAUUUCAGCUUUUUCUUAAGAGGAUCUUAGGGACCCAGCUUUGCUAAGCCAAGUUGACUAUGGACAGAAAGGAUUAGUGUGGGACCAAGGAAAGAUGAGCAGCACUCCUGGAGGGCCUUGGGGUCUCUCUCCAAAGACCAGCCUGGCUUCAGAUUCCUGGACUCUGAGCAGCUCCUCCCUUCACAGCUCCUACCAGAUCUGGCUGCCUUAAACCCACCUGACCCAGGCCAUGGGGCCUGGCCUAUGUUGGGGCCUCUUGACUCUCCUGGUCCCUGGCCCCAUCCCAGGAAAUGGCUUGCCUUAGGACUCUCACAUCUUCAUGGUACAGGGAGAGAGCUAAGCCUCAGGAAGGAGAAGUGACAGGCUUGUGGGAUGAAAAUCCUGCCUGAGAAGUGACCUCAACUAACUGUACUAUUCCCUUUUCAAGUACCUGAUGACUGGUUUGCUGGUUUGACUCCUUUGAUUACACAACAGAAAAAUUUGCCUAAGACAACGGACUAUUGUCCUGCUACAAAGGCUUCCUGGGAAUCCUGCAGAUGAGUGGCUCUUCUUUAACAAGAUCCUUGGGUUUCCUUUCCACAUUUUUGUUAUGGGUUCAAGUCCUCCCACACUGUUAUUGUUGAAUUGCUUUCUACAUAAAGAAAAAAGCCAUA